AUGGCCAGCCCACACCAUCUACUCAAUACCUCAUGGACAUCACAUCGGCUCUCACCCCUCUACCAUGGAAGCGAACAUUCGUCUCUUCUCGGGCAGCCAGCACUAGAAAUCUAUGCCAACAGGCUGAGAGACCACCUCACCAACUCGCUCGCCGACGCGCAAGGCUGGCGCGCCCCCGAAGAGGACACAGCCGGGGUCUCGAACACUGGCGCUCUAAACAGCUGCACCUGGGAACCGAUCACCUCGCUGUCAUUCUUGAGCCCGCAGUCUGUUGAAGAUGAUGACGAAGAUGCACAACCAGUGGGAAUCCUCAUAACCUUCGGCUACGAGCACAUCACGUACAAAGCGGCUCUUCUCGCCAACCCCUCAAUAUCACCAUCAGAUACCAGCCAAAAGGGCAAACAACCGCAAAGAGGACGGUCGAAGCGCACCCCAUCGACUUCUUCAUCAACAUCAACAUCUCUACCACUCCUCUUGACACGUCUCCCGAAAGCGCUACGGGAACAGUUCAUCGCAUUCCUUUCCUCGAACUUCGACACAUGUGUGUCCUCCCUGCGCUUCUCAUCUGAUGUCCUCUGUGAUCUUCUUCAGAGCUACGUGGGAAACUUAACCUCUGCAGAAGGAGGCAGUGGAGGAGAAGGGGCGGAUUCCGUACUAAUAGAAGACAUCAUUCGUGAAAUGCACCUAACCCUCUCCUUCGCCCCGCCCAUCGCAACCUCUCUGAAGACCUUGAAUGUGAGUAUACCCCGGGAGACGAUCGCGAGUUUCCUGCGGACGACCACCGGGUCUUCUCCGGCGGGAGAUGGGACUGAGAAUUCUGGGAGGCGCGUACUUUCUGGUCUUUCGGCCUACUUGCAAAAACACCUUGCCAUGGAACUGGGCCUGGAGCUUGGUGAUGGUGGUGUGACGCUGUCUAGUGGGUAUGUGCGGCUGACAAAGAUUGCAUGCGCUGGGUUUGUGAUUACGGGGGAAGGCCGAAUCAAGGUUGUCGGGAAGGUUGCUCAAGAGGGUGAAGACGAGGGCACGAGGGAUCGAAGGAUGCUUAUGGGUGGAGAGGCGCUUGUACGGGCUGUUUUGGGGAGGGCUAAUGCUGGGAUUCAGAAGGGCAAGUCGUGA